AUGUCUACCUCUACUUCCACAUCAACUGCUUCUAUUAAUAAUAUCAAAAAUCUCGCAUAUAAUAUUCUUAAAACCUUCAAGGAUGGCAUUAUUAAAGGUAAAAAAAUUACAGAACUAGGGCCAUGCUCUGAAUAUGACAAUGAUAUUUUAAUAUCUCCUCUCAAAGCAUUCAUAUAUCUAGCAUGCGGACACCUUUUUUAUAGACUCUGUAUUGAAAAAAAGCUUUUACUUACUGUUCCAAACAUAUGUCUAUUCCUGGGUAGUGGAAAGAAUAUGGAAAUAUUAGAUCAAGCCAAUCCCCUUGGCACUGUUUCCAAUUUGCCAUUAACUAAUCCCAAGGAGGCCUCCUAA